UAGUUACUUGACAGUUUGUUAUAGACUUUCUGUAUCUGUAGGGUUGCCUAUUAUAUGUGUGUCUGUUCGAUGACUUUGGACACUGGACAGUGUUAUUUCUUGCGUUAUGUAUUGUGAAAGGAUCAUUUGGCAUAUCUGCUAAAAAAAUCGAAGGAAUUGGAUUGUGAGAUGAAGCGAAUAAAGAACUCCAUUUCUGAAGAUUUGAGUUCUAUGGGUCAUUUAGAGAAGUUUGGAGCGCCACACAUGUUUCAUAAACUGAAUCUACCGUUCCAAACGGAAAAUUGUUUAAGAAAUGUCGUCAAUGAAUGGGAUAAAGUGCAAGUUUCACUGAAGAUUAUGGAUAGUGGCAUUGCUGAAAAGUGUCAUGAAGUUAAAAGAACCAAAGAGAAGCGUGCCAGUCUAAUCGCAAAUGGAAUGACCAAGUUUUUGGCUCUUGUUUCUGUACAAGUGGUUAUAUUUGGCCUGUCCUACCAGAUUGGACGCCUUGCCAGCUGAUAUGAUAUUAGAGCCUUGCCUCCUGAAGCCAGCUCUGACUUUUAUUAUAUGUAUUCCUGCUUGCGGUGCCUUUUUUUUCUGCAGACUUUAGUUGAUUUGAUAAAUUUAGUCUCAAGAACUUUUAAUUAUUGUAAGAACAUCGCCGAUAUGUAUGAGA